AUUAAAUAAUAAAGUAAUUAACAAAUUCCAUUAUCAUUAAAAAAAAUAAAAAAUUAAAUUUUCAAUAAUUUUAUAAAUCUUCAUAUAAUAUUCAAUCACUUGCUAAACAUGAAACGCGUCAUGAGGUUGAUUUAACGUCAAGCAGUGUGUGAAAUGUCAUGUGAAUAAUAUGUAAAAAACUAAUUUAACUGCUAAGUGUGAAUUUUUGUGUGAAAUGUCGAAAAAAACAAAACAAGAAAGUCAGCAAUUGGAUUUAAUAGAUUUUGGUGAUAAAAAACUUGAUUUCAACACAUCCGAACCCACAAAAACAAAAACAAUUGAAUCAACAUCAUUGUCCUCAUCAUCAUCAGAAUCAUCACAAUUAUCAACAAAAUCUCCAAGUUUACCUCCCAAAUUGUUGAAACAAAAGUCACUUCAACAAUUUGUUGAAGAAAUUGAUUACAAUGAAAUUGAAACAGAAGAGGUGGUGGGAAAAGGAUCUUUUGGAGUUGUAUGGAAAGGCAAGUGGCGUGGACGUUACGUAGCAAUAAAACAUAUCAACACUGAAGGUGAAAGAAGAGCAUUUGCUGUUGAAGUAAGACAACUGUCACGAGUAUCGCAUCCUAAUAUCGUACGACUUUAUGGUGCGUGUACUAAAGAUCCUGUUUGUUUGGUGAUGGAGUAUGCUGAAGGUGGAUCUCUAUACAAUGUGCUACAUUGUGAACCAAAACCAAGAUAUACAGCAAGCCAUGCCAUAAGUUGGGCUCUGCAAUGUGCUCAGGGUGUUGCUUAUUUGCAUAAUAUGAAACCAAAGCCUUUAAUUCACAGAGAUUUGAAACCACCGAAUUUAUUAUUAAUUCUUGGUGGAAGAACGUUAAAAAUCUGCGACUUUGGUACAGCUUGUGACUUGAACAGUUACAUGACAAAUAACAAAGGUUCUGCAGCAUGGAUGGCACCAGAAGUAUUUGAAGGCUCGCGUUACACUGAAAAAUGUGAUAUAUUCAGUUGGGGAGUAAUAUUGUGGGAAAUAUUGGCCCGUCGAAAACCAUUCGAUGACAUUGGUGGGUCUGCGUAUCGCAUUAUGUGGGCAGUGCAUGUUGGACAACGACCGCCUCUCAUUGAAGGUUGUCCCAAACCAAUUGAAGACUUGAUAACUCGAUGUUGGAGUAAGCGCCCUGAAGAACGGCCGUCAAUGGACGAAAUCGUUCGUGUAAUGACUUGUCUAGCUUCAUUUGUCAGCGGACAUCUAGAACCAGUUGAAUACAGCAUGUCUGAAGACUAUGACGAAAAUUAUGACGAUAACGAUGAUGAAAUCAAUCAAGACACUAUUGAUGUUUCCUGGGAUAUGUCUUCUAGUCAAAUUAAUGGUUAUCCAGUGAACGGUAUUAACAAUGAUAAAAUUGAUUUAUUAAAUCAACCGCAACAAUUAAAAACAAUACAAAAUAGUCAAGAAUUUAGAGAUUCUAAUGUUAAUCACAACUUUCCACAAAUGAUACCAACAAGUAAUAAUAAUAGAGAUUCUAAUAAUCGGUUUCAACCACUUCACGUUGAAUGUGAUCCUAAUGCUUGGGAUUUAGCUACGGGUACAGAUUCGUCAUGGGAACUUCAAAAUACAGCUGGUUUUGAUAGAAUGGGUCCCAAAAAACAUAAUCGAAGUAACAACAAUGACAAUUUGGAUGAUAUUUGCGGACUAUUGGAAGCUGAUUUACGUCCACUUACACCAGACAAUACAUGUCAAUUAUCAAGGACUAUAUUUGAAGAACACAAACAGCUAGCACAGGAUUAUCUUAAAGUACAAACAGAAAUUGCGCUUGUUAGUCAGUACAAAAGUGAAAUGAUGAAAAAUUUUAAUAGUGAAGGUAUUAGAAGGCAACAAGAACUUCGGAAGCUUGAAGACGAAAAGGAGGCGUUAAUAAAGCUUCACGACAACCUGAGAAGACAAGUAGACAUGAUAAAGGGUAUAAGAAGACCUACAACACUAGUAAAUUCAUCCAAUACAAUGAAUACCAUAAUGGCUGGUGAAGAUGGAUGGGUCUGUGUGUCAUCGCGACAAGAGCCAUCAAGGAUAUCUUGAACGUUGACUGAUUAAUUAAUUAACUACUCACUGUACUUAUAAAUACUUUAAAUCACCUUCGUAUUUUAUUUACUUAGGAAUAAAUACCUAAUAUUUUUCCAUACCAUCAAAAAUAAAAUAUGAACAAGUCUCA